AUGAGGUUUUCACCACAAAAAUCAACGUUAGAAUCUUAUUUUCAAAUUAGACGAGAUUGUAAUUCGGAUAAAGAUAUUUCCUAUAUUCCAUUAGCAGAAAGACAACGCCCUAAAAGAUUAGAAGACAUCAUAGGACAAGAGAGUGCAAUUGGUAUUGGAACCCCAUUUAACUCAAUGAUUUUAAAUGACAGCCUUCAGUCAACUAUUUUAUUUGGACCACCAGGAAGUGGUAAAACAACAAUUGCAAGAAUUAUUAAAAAUACAUCAAAGUCAUUCUUUGUUCAAAUAUCAUCAGUAACAACUUCAAAAGAAGAAUUAAAAAAUGUUAUUGAACAAGCAAAAGAACGAAAAAAAAGAGAGAAAAAAGAUACUGUUUUAUUUGUAGAUGAAAUUCAUACAUUAAAUAAAUUACAACAAGACAUUUUUCUUCCAGCAAUAGAAAAUGGGUCAAUCAUACUUGUUGGGGCAACAACAGAAAAUCCAUCAUUUCAGUUAAAUAAUGCAUUAAUGAGUCGUUGUAAUUUAGUAAUUCUUAAGAGACUUGAAAAUGAAAGUAUUAAUAAAAUAAUAAAAAAAGCAAUUAAAGAAGAAUAUCAAAAUAAUAAAUUUAUUAUUGAUGAAUCAGGUAUUAAUAUAAUUUCAAAAUAUGCUGAUGGAGAUGCAAGAAAUGGUUUAAAUUGUUUAGAAUUUAUUUUUAAUUAUUUUAAUAAUUUAAGCGAAGAAGAAUUAAACGAAAUAAUAAAACGUAAUGAAAGUGAUAAUACUACAAUAGUAAUAGAUGAAAAUGAUUGUAUUAUACCUAAAGAAAGUAAAUUAGAAAAUAUUGAAUUUUCAUAUCAACCAAUAGAAGAACCAAAAGAAAUUCAUAUAACACUUACUUCUGAAAUUAUUUCAAAAUUCCUUCAGAAACAAAACUUUCAAUAUGACAAAAGUGGUGAAGAUCAUCAUAACACUAUUAGUGCAUUCCAUAAAAGUAUGAGAGGUGGUGAUGAAAAUGCUGCAAUAUAUUGGUUAGGAAGAAUGAUAUUAAGUGGAGAAAAUCCAAAAUAUAUUGCAAGAAGAAUGAUUCGAUUUGCCACAGAAGAUAUUGGACUAGCAGAUACCAAUGCAAUGGUUGUAGCAAUGAAUACAUUUCAAUCUGUAGAAAUAUUAGGAUAUCCUGAAUGUAAAACUGUUCUUGCAGAAUGUUGUUUAUAUUUGACUCGAGCAAAAAAAUCAACAGCAAUAUAUAAAGCUACAUUAACACUUAAAAAAAUGGUUAAAGAGCAACCUAAUUAUGUUGUUCCUAUUAGGGUAAAUAGAAGUUCAGAACAUCCAACUGAAACACAACAAAACCAGUCAUUUCUUCCUGAUAAAUUAGCUUUUAACAAAGUAAUUGAAUAUGAUAGAUUUACUAAACCAAUAAACAAAGAUACAAUUCAACCGUCAACACCUAAAUUAUUUCAAUAUAUGCAAUAA